CCCGGCCAUCUCCCAAGAUUCCGCGCUCAGCUGUGAGGUCCGCGCUCCGGCCAUAGGCACCAUGGGCGAGUGGGCCUUCCUGGGCUCGCUGCUGGACGCCGUGCAGCUGCAGUCGCCGCUCGUGGGCCGCCUGUGGCUGGUGGUCAUGCUCAUCUUCCGCAUCCUGGUGUUGGCCACGGUGGGCGGCGCCGUGUUCGAGGACGAGCAGGAGGAGUUCGUGUGCAACACGCUGCAGCCGGGCUGCCGCCAGACGUGCUACGACCGCGCCUUCCCCGUGUCCCACUACCGCUUCUGGCUCUUCCACAUCCUGCUGCUGUCCGCGCCGCCCGUGCUCUUCGUCAUCUACUCCAUGCACCGCGCGGGCAAGGGGCCCGCGGGCGGCGGCGGCGGCGGCGGCGCGGCCGAGGCGGGCGGCGCGGGGGGCGGCGGGCGCCCCGACGGGCCGGGUGCGCGCCGCUGCUACCUGCUGAGCGUGGCGCUGCGCCUGCUGGCCGAGCUGGCCUUCCUGGGCGGCCAGACGCUGCUCUACGGCUUCCGCGUGGCCCCGCACUUCGCGUGCGCCGGCGCGCCCUGCCCGCACACGGUCGACUGCUUCGUGAGCCGGCCCACCGAGAAGACCGUCUUCGUGCUCUUCUACUUCGCCGUGGGGCUGCUCUCGGCGCUGCUCAGCGUGGCCGAGCUGGCGCACCUGCUGUGCAAGGGCCGCCGCGCCGCCGAGCGCGACAACCGCUGCAACCGCGCGCACGAGGAGGCGCAGAAGCUGCUGCCCGGGCCGCCGCCGCCGCCGCCGCCGCCGCCACCGCCGCCCGCCCGGCGCCCCGGGCCCGCCCCCGGCGCCCCGCCCGCCUACGCGCACCGCCCGCCCGCCGGCCGCGGCCGCCACGACCUGGCCAUCUAG